CUUCAGUCAUGCUUCCAGGUGGUCAUGAAGAUGCUGAGCUCCACAGCUUGACCCAAGAAGGAGCUCUCCCACAAAGGAGAGGGGUCCACAGAGAGCAGCCUGUGAUCUCAUGCAAACAUGCCUCUGAGGAGAAUCAAGGUGAAACACCAUGGAUGUGGCCCUGGUGACAAGACAAGUCCAAGACAAACAAAUGAGCCAGAUGCCCGCUGAUCAGCUCUUGCCCUGGGGCUUUGGCUGGUGGAGGAGAGGAUGUAGGCUGGUGGGCUGGAGUGAGGGGAGAGGCUGUUGGCAUGUUCAGCUCCUCAGGGUGGCUGUGCAAGAGAACUUGAAGGUUUAUGAAGAACUGAAACUCUGCUGAGCAGCACCUCACAAGCCAGGCUGCUGCCUGAGGGCAGGUUGUAAGCAGGUAACACCGUGCCCUGACCCACCAAGAUUACUAGCAGAAGGGGAAGCACCCUACAGCACCCCAACUGCCACCCUGCUUGUGGGUAUCCUGCAGUGAUGUCCAGCCAAAGACAGGUACGUGUGUCGUGGGUGGGUGCUUGGGGGGUUAUGACAUGACUCUGAGUUUAAAUGGGCCUUGGAGAACCCAGUGGGUGAGCCAAGCAGCAGCUGGAGGUGAGCUGUCAGCCAGAGGUGCGUAUCAUUUCUCAGGUGAGCUUGUUCCCUGGUGUCUUGGCUGCAGGAGAAGCCAGGACUGCCGCUUUGGAGAAAGGUUUGCUAUGCUGUCGGGGGCAUUCCCUACCAGAUGACAGGCAACGCCACCGGGUUUUUCCUCCAGAUCUUCCUGUUGGACGUUGCACGGGUGGAGCCAUUCCAUGCCUCUUUGAUCAUUUUCCUUGGAAGAGCCUGGGAUGCAGUUACUGACCCAGCUAUUGGCUUCCUAGUCAGCAAGAGCCCAAGGAGAAAAUAUGGCAAGCUGGUCCCAUGGAUUGCAUGCUCCAUGCCAUUCGGGGUGUUCUGCUACUGCAUGAUGUGGUCCACCCUCUCGGAUGCCACCCCCACCUCCCUGAAAUUCCUGUGGUACCUGUUCACAUACAGCUUCUUCCAGACUUGCAUGACUUGCCACCACGUGCCGUACUCUUCCCUGACAAUGUUCCUGGGAGGAACCCAAAGAGACCGUGACUCAGCCACUGCCUACAGAAUGGGGAUGGAGGUGUUCAGCACGCUCCUCGGGUCAGGAAUCCAGGGGCAGAUAGUGGGCAGGUACCAUGCCCGCAUGAUGAAUGGCUGUUACAUGUCGAACGAGACCCUGCCCAACACCACCACCAGCCUCACAGACUCUCUGGAGAACACGCGUAGGGCCUAUGUAUUUGCAUCCCUGGUCCUGGGCUCAAUCUAUUGCCUGUCCUGUCUGAUUCUCACCUUUGGAGUCAGGGAGCAGCCUGGUCCCCUCAGUCCCCUGGGGAAGGUUGAGCUGCCCUUUGCCAGCUGCCUGAGGAUGAUCGUGGGACACAAGCCCUACACCCAGCUGCUGUGUGGCUUCCUCUUUGCAUCCCUGGCCUUCCAGAUCACACAGGGGAUCUUUGCCUUCUUCUGUACUCAUGCCGCAGGGCUGGCUGGGAAGUUCCAACACUUAGUGCUUAUCAUGUUGGUCACAGCUUCCGUCUGUGUUCCCUUUUGGCAGUGGUUUUUGGGGAGAUUUGGAAAGAAAACAGCAGCCUCACUGGGUCUGGCGCUGAUCAUCCCAGCCCUGGUAGCUGUCACCCAGGUGAUGCACAACUUCCUGGCCUUCGUCUUCCUGGUGAUCAUGGCAGGCUGCAGCAUGGCUGUGCUCUACCUUUUACCCUGGUCCAUGCUGCCGGAUACGGUGGAUGACUUCAUGCUGAGGAACCCCAGCUGCCUCAACCUGGAGGCUCUCUUCUACUCGUUUUAUGUCUUCUUCAACAAAUUUGCAGGUGGCCUUGCCGUGGGGAUAUCGACACUGAGUUUACAUUUUGCAGGUUACCAUGCUGGAGACUGCACGUACAACCCCUCCGUCAUCCUCACCCUGCAGCUUCUCAUGGCCCCAGUCCCAAUAGGCCUGCUGCUCAUUGCCAUAAUCAUCUUCUGUCUCCAUCCCAUCAAUGAGGAGAGGAGGAAGCAGAUGAGAAUGGAGAUGGAGGCACUGGGGCAUCAGGUACAGCACGACAGCCGAGAACAAACCCAGGGCUGAAGUGGGAUGUUCCUUGGCAUCACCUGACUAAACCUUUGGUCCAGUGUUGGGAUGCACUGCC